UAGAAGUUAGUAUAAAUGACCAAAAAGGUUGUGACAUCUGCCGAGGAGUGUGUGACAGGUAAGCAUUAUGAGGAAGAAGAGGAGGAUGCCCUACCUGAUACGGAUGCCCUUGCAGACUCGGAUGACGAGGUGGAUUUGGAUAAGCCGUGCCCUAUACAGAUUGUUCUUGCUCACGAAGAUGACCAUAACUUUGAAUUAGAUGAAGAAGCAUUGGAAAAAAUCUUGCUUCAGGAACACAUCAAAGAUCUUAACAUAGUAGUUGUGUCUGUAGCAGGAGCUUUCCGCAAAGGAAAAUCUUUUCUGCUGGACUUCAUGCUUAGAUACAUGUAUAACAGGACUUCCCCUUGCUGGAUAGGUGGAAGCACUGAGCCGUUGACUGGGUUUACAUGGAGAGGUGGAUGUGAACGGGAAACCACUGGUAUUCAGAUUUGGAGUGAAGUGUUUGUAAUUGAUAAACCCAAUGGAACAAAGGUUGCUGUACUACUCAUGGAUACCCAAGGUGCCUUUGAUAGCCAAUCCACUAUCAAAGACUGUGCGACUGUUUUUGCUCUGAGCACCAUGACAAGUUCUGUCCAGGUAUACAACUUGUCCCAGAAUAUUCAGGAAGAUGACCUUCAGCAUUUGCAGUUGUUUACAGAAUAUGGAAGACUAGCUAUGGAAGAAAUUUAUCAAAAGCCAUUUCAGACACUGAUGUUUUUAAUUAGAGAUUGGAGUUAUCCUUAUGAACAUGCAUAUGGCUUGGAAGGAGGAAAAAACUUCCUAGAGAAAAGAUUGCAGGUAAAGCAAAACCAACACGAAGAGCUACAGAAUGUAAGGAAGCAUAUUCACUCCUGCUUCAGUAAUCUUGGCUGUUUCCUGUUGCCCCACCCUGGUCUUAAAGUUGCAACAAAUCCAAAUUUUGAUGGGAGGUUGAAUGAUAUAGAUGAGGAUUUUAAGAAUGAACUGCGGAAUUUGGUACCAUUACUGCUUGCCCCUGAAAACUUGGUAGAAAAAGAGAUUAGUGGAUCCAAGGUGACCUGUAGAGAUCUUGUAGAAUACUUCAAGGCUUAUAUUAAAAUCUAUCAAGGAGAGGAGCUACCUCAUCCAAAAUCUAUGCUGCAGGCAACUGCUGAGGCGAACAAUCUUGCUGCUGUGGCAGGAGCAAAAGACUUGUACAGUAAAGGCAUGGAACAGGUUUGUGGGGGAGAUAAGCCUUACAUUGCCCCAUCGGACCUUGAGCAGAAGCACCAGGAUUUCAGAGAGUCAGCUGUCAGGCAGUUCCGAUCGGUGAAGAAGAUGGGAGGGGAGGAGUUUUGUCAACGCUACCAGGAACAACUUGAAGUGGAAAUCGACGAGAUCUAUGCAAAUUUUGUGAAGCACAAUGAUGGCAAAAACAUCUUUUAUGCUGCUCGUACCCCUGCCACUCUCUUUGCAGUCAUGUUUGCCAUGUAUCUAACCUCAGGACUGACUGGGUUUCUUGGCAUGAACUCCAUAGCUACCCUGUGUAAUCUUGUGCUGGGGAUGGCUCUUAUAUCGUUUUGUACUUGGGCAUACGUUAAGUACUCUGGGGAAUUCAGAGAAGUUGGAACAGCCAUUGAUCAGAUUGCUGAAGCUAUAUGGGAACAGAGGAAUCCCAGGAAGGUGUUUUCCAAACUCUUUGAGGUUCUUAGACGCCGGACAAUUCGCCGUGCUCUUACAUCAGUGCCGCGACAGCGACUCUCAUCCAACAAUAACAAGAAGAAAAACUAGCCAGUAUUUUUACCUUUCUUUCUGUAUCUGAAGUGUUCACACUUACACAUAUAGGACAAUAAGCUGGACCGUCUGGGCCGGUCUGCAUAAAUGCUGUAACCAUACCAGACUGAUGCUGCAUAUAGGGUAUGGACUUGCACAUCCAUCUUCUAGGAACUGUAAAGUGGUUGGAAUUCAGUGAAAUACUGCUGUAUAGGAGGGAUAUCACUUGUGUCCAUAGCAUGUGGCUGAUUUUAACCUCAUUCUCUAGCAGCAAAACUCAUUUCUCCUUCUGUUCAUUGCCAGUUUGUGUCAGACUUCUACAUUCUAAGUUUUGUCACUAUUUCAAGUCUCAUCUCUCUGUAUGUUUUUAUAUUGUCUUCCUUGGUUACCUCAUCUUUUUGUUUCUUUUGCACGUUUCUCAUUCCACAGGUGUUGAAGCCCAUGAGUGAUAAUUUGAUGGAGGAUCAUAUGAAGCAGUCUGUAAAAAACUCUAUCAAAGCAGGCCUGACCGAGCAGGUGUCUCACCAUGCCAGACUAAAGACAGACUGACAGGUCAUCUCCUCUUCAACUCUGCCCUCUCAUCCUAGACAUGCUUGCUGUACCAUGAGAACUCAAUAAAAAAAAUAAAAAUAAACCAAAGUUUACAAUCAACUGUAGAAGUAGUUUAGUGUGACUGCCUUCACAGAUUGCUACCAUCACCUGGGAAGUGUAAGUUUGUCGGUGCUCUGCUUCUAAGAGAAGCUGGUGCCAUGGAGACUGUUGGGGGUGGGAGGGCCUGUGUCUGUUUUUACGACUAGUCCCGGUGAACCAAGUGUGUUUGGGGGGUGGGAGCAGGGAGAGGGAUCUUCCCCCAGUGUCGGCGUUGAUGCAGUCUCUGGCCUAUGGUGGGACUCUGCCCUCUUCAGGAGGCGAUUUGGAAGUGUAACGAUCAGACCCCACAGAAGGUGCACUCUGCUCUCUCCACACACCUAGCUCCACACUGUCCCCAUGCUCCCUCUCACGGGUGUUGUGUAUCAGCUUGCUGAAGCCACCAGAGCCACCACAUUACAAUACAGAUCUUGCUUUAUUAUACCAGUGUUACACACACGCAUGUAUUGGUUCCUCACGCUGCUGCUGGCAACCUGACUUGAGGGUGGGUCAAAGCAUGUGGUGUCUCACUUUGUCCUUGCAGACAUGGGCCCAAGGGAGGUGCAUAUCAGAACUGAGCUGUCUUUUUCUGCAGUUUAGCCUUCAUGUAUAUAAUAUUGCCAUUAAUUCUACUGGGGGAGAAAUUUCAUCCAAAAAUGUUGCCUACAGCUACCAAGCAAUGAGUUAGGAUUGUCUGUACAGUGUGUUUAGUUUUUAUUUUUUAAGAAAUCACAGAUAGGGCAUGUAUAUGAAAUAUAAAUAUAUAAAUACAAUUUUGUAUCAAAGUUUUGUAGUUUAUGGCAAAACCUGGUUCUGUGGUAGCUAAGUGCAGUCCCUGUAAAGGAAUGUUUGUGGCUCAUGUAAAUGUGUGAAUGCAUCAACAAUUUGAAGUUUUUUGAUAUAUUUGUGAUGUUUACCUGCCUUGAGCACUGCAAUCUCACUCCUUGGGAAAAUCAGUGGGAAUGUUUGUUGUGAAACUCUUGUCUUCUGUUGCAUUUAUAGUUAUUUACUGUAACUUAUUUUCAGUACAUGAUUAAAAUCAGUUGUGUAUAUAUGAAA